UCUGCGCUCCGGGCGGCGGCGAGCUCGAGGAGGAGGAUCCCGGCGGCUGCGCGGCGGCGGCGGCGGCGGCGGCAGCAGCGGCGGCUUAGCCCUGCAGGAGCGACGGCACGGAGGCGGGAACUGCUCCCGCACGGGGGCGCUGCCCCCUGCGCGGGGGAGGAGCCAGAGAGGAACCGGGUUUUUCUGCCGCUGGAGCGCACUGGAGUUGGGAGAACCCAUCCUGACCAUGAAGGGCAGCAAAGGCAUCGAGAACCCGGCUUUCGUCGCCUCCAGCCCAGACACCCCGCACCGUCUGUUUGCAUCGCCCUCUCACGUCGAGGUCUCUGACUUGUCCAUCAACACCCAGCGACAGAACUCGCAGCGCCGGGAGCCUCCGGAGCCCCAGAAGUCGCCGGAGCCACCCCGGCCCCCUGCGGAUCCCGCUGUCUCCCAAGAGCUGUCCGUUCCAGAGUCGCUGUCCGAGUUUGAGGAGGGACCCUGCGGGUGUGGGAACUUAAAACCGCAGAGUCUUCAGCGCUGCAACACGCCCCAGGGCUUUCUGCUGUACUACUGCCUCUUGGCCCUCACGCAAGGUAUUAUCGUAAAUGGCCUUGUAAAUAUUAGCAUUUCCACUAUUGAGAAGCGCUAUGAAAUGAAGAGUUCUCUGACAGGCCUGAUAUCAUCAAGCUAUGAUAUCUCAUUCUGUUUGUUGUCUUUAUUUGUGUCAUUCUUUGGUGAAAGAGGACACAAACCAAGAUGGCUUGCAUUUGCAUCCUUUAUGAUAGGACUGGGAGCACUUGUGUUUUCAAUGCCAAAAUUUUUUAGUGGAAGAUACCAAUUGGGGUCCUUUUUUGAAGGUACUUGCGUAACAACAAGGAAUAGAACCAAUUGUAACUCUUUAAAUUCUUCGCUUUCUAACUACUUGUAUGUCUUCAUCUUGGGACAACUGUUGCUGGGAACAGGAGGAACUCCUCUCUAUACCCUAGGAACAGCCUUUAUUGAUGAGUCUGUGCCCACACACAAAUCUUCCCUCUACAUUGGAAUUGGCUAUUCUAUGUCAAUAUUAGGCCCUGCUGUUGGCUAUGUGUUGGGAGGACAGCUGCUAUCCUUGUACAUUGAUGUGGGUAUGGGACAAAGCAUAGCUAUCACUGAAGAUGAUCCACGAUGGCUGGGGGCAUGGUGGAUUGGAUUUCUUCUGUGUUGGCUCUUUGCUUGGUCUUUGAUAAUACCUUUCUUAUGCUUUCCAAAACACUUACCAGGUACAGCAAAAAUUCAUAGUGAAAGAACUUGCCAGACUCAUCAGGAAAAGCAUAGUUCCUUAAAACAUACAGAGGAGAAUUUUGGAACAAGUUGGAAAGAUUUUCCAGCUGCUCUAAAGAAUUUGAUGGGGAAUGCUGUCUUUAUGUGUUUAGUUAUUUCAACUUCUUCAGAAGCCUUAAUUACUACUGGGUUUGCUACAUUUUUACCUAAAUUUAUAGAAAAUCAGUUUGGAUUGUCUUCCAGCUUUGCAGCCACCCUUGCAGGGGCUGUUUUAAUUCCUGGAGCCGCUCUUGGUCAGAUUUUAGGUGGUAUCCUUGUUUCAAAGCUCAAAAUGACAUGUAAAAACUCAAUGAAGUUUGCUUUGCUCACAUCUUUAGUUGCGUUUGCACUGAGUUUUGUAUUUGUUUAUGCCAACUGUGAAAAUGAGCCAUUUGCUGGUGUGUCUGAAUUAUAUAAUGGGACAGGAAAACUGGGAAACUUGACUGCUCCUUGUAAUAGUAAUUGUAACUGCCUGCGAUCUUAUUAUUAUCCUGUCUGUGGAGGAGAUGGAAUCCAGUAUUUUUCUCCCUGCUUUGCAGGUUGUAAAAAUUAUAUUUCAAAAAGACAUCUAAAGGUAUAUUACAACUGUUCCUGUAUUGCAAAGAAUACAGAAAUGACACCUACUCUGGCAAAUUUUGAUUUAGAAGCUAAAGCUGGAAAAUGUGAAAAUCGAUGUGCAAAGUUGCCCAUUUUCCUUGGCAUUUUGUUUGCUACAAUUGUCUUUACAUUUAUGGCUGGUACUCCUAUAACUGUGUCCAUCCUAAGGUGUGUUGAUCACAGGCAGCGGUCCCUAGCAUUGGGAAUACAGUUUAUGCUGCUUCGAUUAUUAGGCACAAUACCUGGACCAAUUAUAUUUGGUUUUACAAUUGACAGCACAUGUAUUCUGUGGGAUAUUAAUGAAUGUGGAGCUAGAGGAGCUUGCUGGAUUUAUAACAACAUCAAGAUGGCCCAUAUGCUAGUAGCCAUAAGUGUUACUUGUAAAACUAUCACCAUUUUCUUCAACGGGUUUGCAGUCUUCUUGUAUAAGCCGCCACCACUAGACACAGAUGCAUCUUUUGAAAAUCAGAAUCCAGUUGUGAGUACGGUUUCAGUAGAAUGUGACCUCAGCAAUAUAGGACAUGAGGGGUGAAGUAGAAAAUGGAGACCAGUUUAUAGCUGGAAAAUUGGCCAUCAUUUGUAAGAGUGCACAUUGCCAUUGCAGCAUUAUCUACCCAAUAUGGACAAUCACAUUUUAAAAGUUGGUAUUUAUAAUUAAAUGUGUUUUCUGUACAUUUAUGAACUUGUUUAUUUUUGUUUUAAUGUAAGAAACAGACCUGUGCCUUCAGAGCUCACCAAAUGCCUCAGAAUACACACACACACACACUUCCCAUUUUUCAGGUGUGAAAUAACAAGCUAAUAAACUAAAUUAGAAAAAAAAGCCAAUUAUUAACGAAAAGUUUACAUUUUAGAAACAAAAUGACAUUUCUUUUCUUCUUGCAAUUUGUUUAAUUAUCAUUGUCAGUAGUUUGGGCUUAUUUAUAAAAUUUGUGGUAUAAAAAUGUAAACUAAUCAAAUAUAUGUGAUGAUUUUUAAGAACUAUUACUGAAAACUCAGGAAUUUAAAACCAGCUAUUUUGUUUUUAAGUUUUAUACACUGGUCUGUCCUUCACCCAGAAGGUUACUAAACUACUAAAAUAUAGGGUGAUUGUCUUCUUUGUGUCCCAGUAUAUAAUGAGUUCAGAAAUAGCAUUAUAUAUACAUAUUGUCACUCUAACUCAAGAAUUCCAGGAAGUAAUUUGCUAAUCUUGCUUAUUUUUAGCAUUUUCCUUUAAUGAUUCCAAGGCAGUAUUAUUCAGUUAUAUGUCCUCCAGGAGAAAGUACCAGAUUCAAUAAAGAAAAGUGCCAAUUAUAUAUGAAAAGAUUUCUUAAUGAACUGUUGAUCAGUGUUUAUAUAACUCAGUAAUUUAAUUUUUCUCGUUUUAAAAAACUUGUUACCUAAUAUAUUAUUUAUAGCACCUUAAAUAGUACUUUGCCCACAGAAGGCAUGUAUUAGGGUUGCUUGACUCUUUAACGGAUCCAUUUAUUCAACAGAUAAACUAUUUCACAUAUCUGAUAACAUGAUAACAUUCCAUGUCUUCAGCUCAGAUUUAAGCCACCUUUGUCUAUUCAGAAUGUAGAGGAAAUAGAUCAGUGAACAACAACAAAUAAUUCUACCUGGUUAAGAAUUUUACUGAUCAAGAAAAGCAUUGAAGUUCAUACUUAAAUUAGAAA